AUGAUAUCUGGAACUCGAUGUGCGCAGUGUCGCUCACGCGAUCAACACGACGGUAUGUUGAGCAAAAACGAGCCGCGUUCAGUGAAUCGAGUAGUGGCGUCGUUAAUACGAAGUAUCGAAGAUAGUCGAUAUUCGGCACCAGACAGGCCUGCCCAGUUGAGUGUUGAAAGUGCUGGACAGGUACGAUUUCAGUUUAUCAUUAUCAGUUACCUAUGA